AUUGUUGGAUAUGUCAUUUCAGUGAUUGAGGGAGGACCCCUAGAACACAACUACCGACUGAAGCAGUUUCAUUUUCACUGGGGGGCCAUUGAUGCUUGGGGUUCCGAGCACACUGUGGAUAACAAAUGUUACCCAGCAGAGUUGCACUUGGUGCAUUGGAAUGCAGUCAAAUUUGAAAGCUUCGAGGAUGCAGCACUGGAAGAAAAUGGUUUGGCCGUGAUAGGUGUAUUUUUAAAGCUAGGUAAACAUCAUAAAGAACUACAGAAAUUGGUGGACACUUUGCCAUCAAUUAAGCACAAGGAUACCCUGGUCGAAUUUGGAUCAUUUGAUCCUUCCUGUCUGAUGCCCACUUGCCCAGAUUACUGGACCUACUCUGGGUCUCUUACUACACCGCCCCUCUCAGAGUCUGUUACCUGGAUCAUCAAGAAGCAGCCAGUAGAGGUUGAUCAUGAUCAGCUUGAGCAGUUUCGGACCCUGCUUGUCACUUCUGAGGGAGAGAAAGAGAAAAAAAUGGUGGACAACUUCCGCCCACUUCAGCCACUGAUGAACCGUACUGUCCGCUCAUCCUUCCGUCAUGAUUAUGUGCUCAAUAUACAAGUGAAGUCCAAGCCAGCAGCCAGCCAAGUCACCCCUUAAAAUGUUCAUAUAUAGGCAGCAGAUUGCUUUAAUGCAUUUGCUUCAAAUCUUAACUAGAUUAUUUUAUAAUGCUACAUUUAAUAAUUCUUAUAUGUAUACAUUUAUGAUUUUUUCUUUCAUUUUUAUAACAUUUCAAAAUUUUUAUCCUUGUAAAACAAAGACUUGAAGACAAAACAAAAACCCAUAACCACAUAUCAUCAGGAUACUUUAGGUUACUUUUUCUUGUGACAGUAUUAAGGAAGAGGAGUCUUCAUUAUGCCAAUUGAAAUGACCUGUUUGGGAUUACGCUGUUAAAUUUCUCUAAUCUCUGCAUCUCAGAAAGUCAGAGAAAGUUUAGUUUCUGCUUGAUUAAAUGGAAGUUUAAUGUAAGUGACACAUCUGAUUUUUCGGUUUGGGCCUAAUACAGGAGCUUAACCAACAACAAGAGGUUCUUGUGAAUUUUAUUUAAUGAUGUCACCCUUUUGUUCAAACUGUUAAAUUGUCUCAUUUUACAGUAUUGGUCCGACUCUUAGCUACCAUCAUUUGGAGCUACUGAUCUCAAAAUGGCAUUCAAAGGUUAUGUGUGCAUUUAUUGGUUUCAGAGUAGUUCAUCUGUCUUUUUUUUUUAAGAUAAGGUUUCUCUGAGUACCCCUAGCUCACUAUGUAGACCAGUCUAGCCUUGAACUCAUAGAGAUCUGCCUGCCUUUGCCUCCCAAAUGCUGGAAUUAAAUGCCUGUUUCAUCA